AUGGCAGAUUUCUCUCUAGGCGCCGCGGGAGGCCGUAACCGGCAACGCCAAGUAGCCGAGGAAGUUAACGAAGGAAUUCCCCCCGAAAGCCUCUUCCUUUACAGCGGCGGAGGCAGCGCGAGAGGCUUCGAGCUAUGGCAGCGCCACCAACAACAAAUCCACCAACGACAUCAACAGCAACAGCUCUACUCUGCCUCAUCCGGCGCUCUUCUCGCCUUCGGCUCCGCCGAUGAACCCAUCGGACCAGGUCCAGCCCGAACCGGCACUAGAGGCGGCGGCGGGGGCAUGAGUUGCCAAGACUGCGGCAACCAAGCAAAGAAGGAUUGCGUGCACAUGCGGUGCCGCACUUGCUGCAAGAGCCGCGGCUUUCAGUGCCCCACUCACGUCAGAAGCACUUGGGUCCCCGCCGCCAAGCGCCGUGAACGCCAGCAACAGGUCGCCUCCUUACAACAGGCGCACCCCUCACCCACCUGCCACCGUGCCUCCGCCGGAGAAGCCCCAAAAAGGCCGAGAGAACUCUCCACUCGUCCCCCCACCAUCGUCACCACCACCACGUCAGGUGGUGGAACGGAGGGAAUGCUUAGCUUUCCGGCGGAGUUGAGCUCGCCGGCGGUGUUCAGGUGCGUGCGGGUGAGCCCCGUCGAGGAGGUGGAGGACCAGUUCGCGUACCAAACGGCAGUAACCAUAGGAGGCCACGUCUUCAAAGGCAUACUGUACGAUCAAGGCCCGGAGUCUUCGACGGCGCAGUACCAACUGCACCACCGCGGCGAUUCCUCUUCCACCGCCCCCGCUGUUGCCGGCAUUGAAUGCACGGCAACUACCACCACCUCGGUCAUGGCGACCACCGCUGGUUCGCUACCUGACCCUUCCUCUCUCUACCCGACUGCUCUCAGUGCCUUCAUGGCAGGAACCCAGUUCUUCCCCCACCACCCGAGACAGUAA